AAGCAGGCCAAGAAGGUCCUCGACGUUGACAUUAAUGAUGGCGCCGCCACACUCGAGCAGCUCCGCAACAGAACGGUCGAGGGUGUAGAGCAGGAGAGCGGCUUCAAGAAGGAGAUGCGGCCCUGGCUGCGCAUAGUGUUCGACAUCCUCAAGGCUUGGCCGGAAGUCGUAGUCAUGACUCGUGAGUGCAUGCCGAAGCGAGAGAGGAUUGCUGGCGGCCCGCAAAACCCCCAAGCCGAUCUGCUGCUGCCCCAUUUGGCCCCAUCAGUGACCAUCGACAGCAGCUACCCCCCAGGCAGCACGGCCCACCAGGUCAUUACAUGGACUCAGUACGGGCUCAGCUGCCUUGAUUGAUGGUACAAGUGUGUGUCUCUCUCCUGGUGUGUGUGUCACCAAACAGAUCAUGUGUCUCAUUCAGUCAGCCCGUCUGGUGCUUGUGAAGAGCGAAGACAAAAAGAUGCUCCGGGAAGAGAUGGGGGAAGAACCGUCCCUCAAGCUGCUGGAAUACAGCCUCCCUGACGACGCGCAGCGAUGCCUGCGCGUCGCGGCUGGUGUGCGGCAGCUGAACGACACACAUGCCUACAGCCUGGUGGAAGAGUUUGCCCCGGAGCUCCUGCAGGAGAGCGGGAAGAGGCAAAAGAAGAGGAAGCAGAAGACGGAUGACACUCAGGAAGCAAAGGAAGCGAGCAGAAGCAAGGCACAGAAAUAUUAAUGGUAGAAACCAUGAGACACGAAUCAUCCGGGCCACCUGCCUCUUCGUGUGGGUUGAGAGUUGACCCUUCAUGGCUGACCCGCAGUCACGGAGCGACGGCAAUCAAUGCGUUUCUUCGAGCAAUAAAACGGAGCGA